UGUAAAUGAGAAUCAAGUGCUCCACCUUGCGGUUAAUAGCCGUAACACAUGCCGGCUGAUAGUUUCCGGUAGUAUGGCGACUGUAUCCCUCAAUGAACACACAGCCUCUUGUUUCUGCAGGGAGGUGCUGAGAGUCGGUGUGGUUCCUUCCAUGUGGCUUGAGGGACUAUGCUUCUGCUGGUAGCUCUUUGCCUUGUCUGUACUUAUAAAACCAUCUCGGCCACAGAUGGUGGCCAGGACACCAGCCGCAAACCACAGUUCGACUACAACAGCCUAGCCCUGCCACAGCAGCAUAUCCCAUUCUUUCUGUACAACAACAAAUUUGUGGCUAAGCUGUGCAAAGAGGACCCACUUUGCCCUUUUAAAGAUGCUUUGUCGCACAGGAAGGCCUGCUGGGGUUAUGAAAAAAACUGUUCCCCCGAACACCGCUUCAGUUAUCCUGUGUGUACCAGCCUUGAUUCAGGAUGGGCGAGCUCUAUUGAGUCUGCACAGGAAGUAUUCUGGAAACAGGGGGAUUUUGGCUAUGUGAGGGAGCGUCUCUAUGAGAUGAAGACAUUGUGCAAACCACUGAGUCCUGGAGAUUCUUCUCUAAAAUGCUCAAGUCAUAUGCGGUUCUGCAGGGCAACAAACUUGUACCUUGAUCUGCGGAGUCCACGGCGAGGUCAUGAAAGGUAUAAAGAGGAUUUCCUGGAAACGGGCGAGAUUGGUGGUCACUGCAGCCUUAAUAGUGAAGCAUUAGCUUUGGAAGGGAAGCACAAAAGUCCUCUUCAGUCCUGGUUUGCAGAAUUGCAGACAUACACAGAGCUGAACUUCCUCCCCUUAGAUGAUGGGCACUGUGAUGUCACCAUCGAUAGACCAACCGUCUUCAUGAAGUUGGAUGCAGGAGUAAACAUGUACCAUCACUUCUGUGACUUUGUUAACCUCUACAUCUCCCAGCACAUCAACAAUUCAUUCAGUCGCGACAUAAACAUCGUCAUGUGGGACACUAGUGUGUAUGGAUAUGGUGACCUGUUCAGUGAAACCUGGCGAGCCUUCUCUGAUAAUGACAUCAUUCAUCUCAAAAACUUUGACUCCAAAAGGGUGUGUUUCAAAGAUGCGUUUUUCUCUCUUCUUCCAAGAAUGCGUUAUGGUCUUUUCUACAACACCCCUCUCAUAUCUGACUGUCACAGUGAGGGAAUGUUUCGGGCGUUUUCCCAACAUGUGCUUCACCGACUCGGUGUCCCACAGGAGGGACCAAAGGAGGGUCAAGUCCGUGUCACCCUGUUGGCAAGGAGCACUGAGUAUCGUAGGAUAAUAAACCAAGAGGAGAUCAUAAAGGCUCUGAAGACUGUGCCUUUUUUUGAGGUCAGAGUUGUGGAUUACAAAUACAAAGAAAUGCCGUUCCUGGAGCAGAUCCACAUCACCCACAACUCUGAUGUCUUCAUCGGGAUGCACGGAGCUGGAUUGACUCACCUUCUCUUCCUUCCCGACUGGGCCGUCAUAUUUGAAUUGUACAACUGUCAAGAUGAGAGCUGCUACCGCGAUCUGGCCCGACUGCGAGGGGUCCAUUACAUGACUUGGCAAAAAAGGAACAAAGUGUUCCCUGAGGAUAAGGGUCAUCACCCAACUCUUGGGGAACAUCCGAAGUUUACCAACUACUCUUUUGACGUAGAAGAGUUCAUGCGGUUAGUCCUGUUAGCGGCUGAACAUGUGGCACAGCACCCGGCUUGGCUAGCGAAGCAAGCCCAUGAUGAACUGUAGCCCAUGAAGGUCUUCUUUGAGAAGAAACACACUCCUAGUAACUGCCCACACUCCUAAAACCGUAGCCAUAUGUUAACUACAAAGACAAUAGGCUUUAUGCCCAGCUGCACUACUUCCUG